GCCUCUGGAGUCAGUAGAGGACAGAAUUUCCAAGUGUGCAGCUUGUUUGACUUUUUUUCUUCUUCAGCGAGAGACCCUUAAAAAACCCAGUGACUUUAUUUUUGAUUGGAAAAAACAAAGGUUCUGUUUUGUGGUGUACAUUCCCCGCCCCCCCCCCAUGGUGAUUAAACGUUGAAUCAUGUGGCUAGUCUAGAGAGAACACAGCAGCAUGGAUUGAUAAAUUCCACAGCAUGCUUUCCACUAUUUAAAAGGAACACAGACUGAAUGGGGAGAGAGGGAAGAUGAUGUGUAUCUGGAUGGAGGUUUUUCACCUCUCUAGAACCCCUGUCUGAAUACAGCACGGACUGGUUGCCAUGAGUAGAGUGCUGAUUCUCCUCACCCUCAGUGUUAAAUCAGGAGUAACUCCCACUGCUAUGAGAAAAGAAUUGGGCCCAGAAAGUUACCAUCUGACAGCUGUUUGGUGACCUGUGUGAAAAGGGUAGAGAAUAAGUAUCCAUAUCAGAGACAUCAAUCAAAUGGUCAUGGAGACAGGAUUCCCCUACAGGCCCUGGAGUUGGUGAGUCUGGGUUGGGGUGAGGCACAGUGUCUGGGAGACAGUGGGAUGGAGAAAACUUUCAUUGCAGCUACCUCUGUAGAGAACCAGAAGAACUCUGCUUCCAGCUCUAUUAAAGUUUAGCAGCAAAAACAAAAGGAGACAGAGCAGCGUCGGAGUGCGGGGAGCGGGCAGGAUAGGGGGUUGGAGCAUGGAAUUGUGGGACUGGGUGAUUGGUGAAAGUCCUAGCUGUGGCUUUAUCCUGCUGCAGUAUUUCCGGUGUGAGUGUGGCACAGGCAUCAAUCUAAUCAUUAAAAAAGGAGAAGUUGUUCCAAUUGCAGCAGCAUGCAGAUGUCAGCUGAAAACCCAAGAGGCCAUUUAUGGUUUGUGGGACUAAUGGCUGCUGCAUUGUUGUUUAACCCCCAGCCAUGUGCUCAGGGCUGUACAAGACUCUCAGACACUGCCAGUUCCUGCCCUGCUGUGCUUACAGACUAAAAGGCACACAGGGAAAAUAGCAGUUGGGAGGGCAGGAACGCUUCACAUCCAUGACCCGGCUGUACUACAGAGAGGCAUCGGCCUGCAUUAUCAUGUUUGAUGUCACUAACUUUAGCACGUUCAGCAACAGCCUGAGGUGGAAGCAGGAUUUGGACAGCAAGCUCACGAUGCCAGAUGGAAGCCUGGUGCCCUGCUUGCUGCUGGCUAAUAAGUGCGACCUUUCGCCAUGGGCAGUGACCAGGGAAGAGAUUGAUCGGUUCAGCAAAGAGAACGGUUUCUCUGGCUGGACUGAAACAUCUGUCAAGGAAAACAAGAAUAUUAAUGAGUCUAUGAGAGUCCUUAUUGAAAAGAUGAUGGCAUCGUCCACGGGUGAUGGAGACCUUUCUGUUUCUGGCCGCGGGGACUAUAUUAACAUAAAAGAUGCUUCCCCACCUGGCUGGGGAUGCUGUUAGCUUUGCUCACUUCUCCAUCUCUGCAUCACAGCAAAAGGGAAUGUCUUUUCACUGAUAAUUGGCUUUAUUAAGUGAUGAAGAAUUGUCUCCUGUUCAGCACACACUGACUCUCAGUAAAGCAUUGCUGUCAAUGAC